AUGGGUCUGUCGAUCAGCUCCGUGGCGGUGACGGCGGCGCCAACGAUCGUGGAAGUGGUGGACGGCACGCCGACUGGCACGGUUGCGCCGGUUAGCAACACCACCGAAACGGUUUCGUCGGCGACUCCGUCAAGCUCGGACGAGGACGACAGCGACACUGUCGUGGUAAUCGUUUGCGUUUUGGCCGGUCUUGCGAUCCUCGUCGGCAUGAUCUGGGUAGGCUACACGAAAAUUUACACGACCACCAUCUCGCGAAUCAGUUUGCCGCAAGCGCUGCCGCGGCUGUCUUUACGACUGUUCGGAACUGCUGCUGCAGCAGCGAACGAGAAAAAGGGUAGGCAUGAUGACGGGCGAGGAAAGAAGGUCAGAAGCGAAGGAGAACAGCAGGCCGACGAUUUUUUCGACGCGGAGGCCGCUUCCGACGUGGAUCACAGCGCCAUACAACUCAUGGAUGGCCGCGCGGGCGGCAUGGACAGGCAAGAUCCUCGGAAACGUUUUGGCUCCACAUUGGCAGUGCCUGGUGCAUCAAAUGAAGAAGACGUGUUCGCGACCCCGCGCGCCGAUGAGGAGGACGAAACUGAAACGAACCGGCCGGCACCAGUUUCUUCCUCCAUGGCUGCAGCGAAAAAGACCGACAGCGCGGCUUCGGUACUGGGACCGCCAGGUCGAGGCUUGGAGAAGAAGCCAGGCACUCCGGCUGCGGAAGUUCCUUGGCGCAGCCGUUUGCGAGCACAGCUGUCACGCGAUCACGCUGACAUCGAGCUCGAGAACCUCGAUGAAGACUUUCCUUGA